AUGAGCUGCUGUGGCUGUUCUGGAGGCUGUGGCUCCUGCUGUGGGGGCUGUGGCUCCUGCUGCUGCUGCUGCAAACCUGUGUGCUGCUGUGUGCCUGCCUGUUCCUGCUCCAGCUGUGGGGGCUGCAAGGGUGGCUGUGGCUGCUGUGGGGGCUGUAGCUCCUGUGGGGGCUGCAAGGGAGGUUGUAGUUCCUGUGGGGGCUGCAAGGGAGGCUGUGGCUCCUGCGGGGGCUGCAAGGGAGGCUGUGGCUCCUGUGGAGGCUGUGGCUCCUGUGGGGGCUGCAAGUCCAGCUGCUGCAAGCCCUGUUGCUGCUGUCAGUCUAGCUGCUGCAAACCCUGCUGCUGUCAAUCCAGCUGCUGCAAGCCCUGCUGCUGUCAAUCCAGCUGCUGCAAGCCCUGCUGUUGUCAGUCUAGCUGCUGCAAGCCCUGCUGCUCUUCAGGCUGUGGGUCUUCCUGCUGCCAGUCCAGCUGCUGCAAGCCCUGCUGCUGUCAAUCCAGCUGCUGCAAGCCCUGCUGCUGUCAAUCCAGCUGCUGCAAACCCUGCUGCUGUCAGUCCAGCUGCUGCAAGCCCUGCUGCUGUCAAUCCAGCUGCUGCAAACCCUGCUGCUCUUCAGGCUGUGGGUCCUCCUGCUGUCAGUCCAGCUGUUGUGGCCCUGUGUGCUGCCAAUGCAAGAUCUGAGAUAUCAGACAAUCUGGCUGUCAGAUGAA